GACCCACUAUGGCGCUUGUGUUGUUUUAUGGAUUUUUUCCUUAGUGGCGUGUAAGGUUCCAGAGGUUCGUGUGACCUGCAUCUUCUCUAAGGACUGUAUUCUUCCCUGUUCUUUCACGCCCACUAAUGGUGAUGUGAAGAUCCAGUGGUUCCAGCAGGAGGCGCUCAUAUUCAGUUUACAGCCGGCGGGACAGAGGUUCAACCAUGGCAACAUGUCUCUGUUCAGCGACUGCGUCUCUGAGGGAAACGCAUCACUGCUUGUGAAACAAGUGGAUACGAGGAGUAAAGGACGCUACAAAUGUGUGGUCAACAAUGUAACUGUGACAUAUGUUGUUGCAACAGUGGAAGCUCCCAUCAGGACAGUCUCCAUUGACAUCAAUCCCUCUGGGCUGAUUCAGUGCUCUACUAAAGACGUCUAUCCAGCACCGCUGGUGCAGUGGAGCACAGAACCCAGGUUAAGCCAUGCCCUGCAGCCCAUCACCCGCAUGGCUCCUGGCGGAAAGAGUCUCUUUACAGUAGAGAGCAUCCUAAAACAGCAAAACAACAGCCUUGAUUAUAUUUAUGUGUGUAACAUCACCUCUAAAUACGGCACGCACACACGGACAGCUUCUUUACAGCUGCAAGAAAUUACCGGCUCUGAAGGGAAAGACCUGGUUAUUCCAUGUAAGGCUCCUAAGAAACUUCAGUCCUUCUCUCUCGUCUGGACUUUUACGACAGCAAACAAAACCACAGAUAUCCUCACGUACGACAGCCGGACUCAUAAAUCCAGAAGCUUGUGGGAUAAUGCAGAAUUAGAGGAGGACAACGCAUUGAAGGGGGACGUUUCACUAACCCUGGAGAACACUGUUGGCUCAGAACAUUCUGGAUUCUACACAUGUGCCUUCUCAGGAGCAGAGACACGGCAUCUGAUACAGAGCCGUGUUGUUAUUACAUCCGCCAGGCAGGAGAAAGAUUUUGUUAGAUAUAAUCUGUGGAUGUUGGGUAUCGUCGCAGGAUUAAUCGCUCUUCUUGCUCUCACUUUAGUUGUAAAAAGAUACAGAGCAAAAUCAAAAAGAAAUCAAGAAAGCGCUCAAGAGGAUGCGGAAAUGCAACGCAUGAACCCAGACAAAACAUCAGAAGAGCCACAAGCCGGAAAUAAACUGAUGACACAGCCUUCAGCUUCUCACAGUUAGAAGAAGAAAAGGAUAAUGAGAGGGAAACCAGUAUGAAAUACAAGAUGGAAGACCAGUUAAUGGGACUUUAUUUCUAUGCAGUCUGAUUAUUUGUGAGAAACAAUUUGUCAUCCAGGAAAAUGACGAGAAAAUGUU